AUGACUGCAAGCUCCCAAGUGGCACAUUGCACACGAGGGUCAGAGUGUCCUGUGCUCACGUGGCCAUUCUGUGCAAGCUGGGGGCCCUUUUCCCAAGGCAUGCAUUUGUGAGUUUAUGUUUAUCUUCUCACCUCCAUGUGGACCAGGGAAGAAAGGGGCCCUGCAGUCUCCCUGUGUUCCUGCUCUGGGCUUAGCCUGAACUGGGUCCAAUGGGGGCCACACAGGAAGGAAGUUCACAACCUGAGGACCUCUGGGUCAAGUUGAAGACACAUUUCCAAGGCCAGGAACCAUUCAGGGACUCUGGGACCAUUGUGCCAACUUGGGGGUCCAGGCCUAGAGCUGAGGCCUCAUGGGAGGGACUUCCUGGGAUGGCCGCAUUGUGGGCGCCGCCCAGGGCUUGAGAAGCAGGCUGAGCUUGCCCCUCCCCGCAGCGCCACCCAUCCUGAGCACAAGGAAGUGGGGGAGGGUCAUGGAGCCUCUGUCUAGAAGGGGCCCUGGCCCUGCAGUCCUGCACACUAGGGAAGAGGGGUGGACAGAGGCCUGUGAGCUGCUGGGGCCACAGGGGGACAGGUCUCAUUGCUGGAAAUGGCCACGGAACCUGCAGGCUCAACCCGGCUUAGCAAGGUGGUACCGAGUUUCCAGGGGCAUCUCAGCCAGGCGUCCCCAAGCCGCCUCCAUUUUCUGACCAGCUCCAGGAAUAGAACCAAAAGAAGCUGAAUAAGGAAGCCACACGGCAACAAAAAAAGCAGAAGUGUCAGCCUUGGGAAUCUGAUCCUCCCCUGGGAGGUUUCGGGGGUUGAGGUCUCGGGUCCAGCGGGGGCCCAGUGGUGCUGCAGGUGGUGUUUGUGCUGGACACGGGACCAUGUGGCUGCCCUCAGCUCUGCUGCUUCUCUGGGUCCCAGGCUGUUUCUCUCUGGGUGGCUCCACGACCGUGACGGGCUCCGUGGGGGGGUCGCUGAGCGUGCAGUGUCGGUAUGAGGAGGAGUACAGCACUGCAAAGAAAUACUGGUGCAAAAGACGCUUUGUUGUACUAUGUGACAAGAUCGUGGAGACAAAAGACUCAGAGAGAGAAGCAAGGACAAGCCGAGUGUCCAUCACAGACCACCCUGCAAACCUGACCUUCACGGUGACCAUGAGGAGCCUCAGGGUGGAGGACACAGGCACAUACUGGUGUGGGGUCAACAGGCAGCUGUUUGAUCUCACCUCCGAGUUUGAGGUGUCCGUGUCCCCAGCAUCCACGCCGGUGGUGCCUAUGACUAUCACCACAGCCAGGACCUCCACGGUCACGACCGAAGUCCCAGCGGUGCCGUCCACGGCCCUGUCUGCAGUGAGUGCCACCGGCGGUGCCAGCAUCCAGGACGAACCCCAGAAGAGCUCGAGCCCACGGCUCCCGCUGCUGCUCUCCUUGUUGGCAUUUCUGCUGCUGCUGCUGGUGGGGACCUCGCUGCUGUCCUGGAGGAUGUUUCAGAAGCAGGUCAGAGCAGGUGAGCCUCUGCAGCUGUCCCAGGGCCCCAGGCAGGCUGCCGAGCAAGGCGAGCAGCACUAUGUGAACCUGGAGCUGCUGACGAGGCCCCUGCGGGAGGAGCCAGUGCCCCCACGGCAGGUGGAGGUGGAAUACAGCACCUUGGUUGCCCCCAGGGAAGAACUUCACUACACCUCGGUGGCGUUUGACCGACAGACCCGGGACUCUAAUGCCCACGGGAUUCCUGCCCAGAGGCCCGGGGAGCAGGAGCACGAGUACAGCGUGAUAAGGAAGAAGUAGACCUUGGUCCGGCCUGGACAUCUGGAGCUCUCCUUGGCCCCCAGGAAGCCUAGGGAUGACCCCUGUAGUCCUCACCCACGUCCCCCUCAGCCUGCUGUCCUCAACGGUGAUGACGGCAGGCAGCUGGGGUCCCCGCGGCUGUCCCUCUUACACCAUCAACCCAGCCAGCUUCACUGAGGACAGGCAGGGACGGGGCUUCUGGGGACCAUCUCAUCUCUCCUCUUUGUCCUUGUUUCGUCCUGGCUCUGUGUGCGGAGGAAGCAGCUCCUCCGUCCUGCCCCGUGUGGCUCCAGGGAAAGACCUGGCUCAGAUAGGACGUCACCUGCGAGUAACUUUGUCCAUCACAGCCCCACGGCAUGGCCGGGACUGCCUGGGCGCGGGCAGAAUAGAAUGCAAAGGUAUGCGUCCACGAGCGGCGAGCACGGGAGCGCCAAAGAUCAAAUCCCUCCCCAUUUCACAGACAGGGAAACUGAGGCCUGGAGAGAUGAGGGACUGUGUGUGGCUCUGGAACUGGUGGCAAGCUCCUUUGGACCAUUCGCUAGGGUUGUUUUUUAAUAUAAGAGGUAUCAAUACAGUUUCAAAGAUCCCAUUGAGGGAGAAGAACAAAGCUGUUUAAACAGUGCCUGCUCUGUGUCCACGAUCUUACACUAAGGAAAGCUCCCGGCUGUGACCCCAGAUGAGCACAGAGCACUUUGAGGGUGCAGCAUGUUGGGGACACGUUGCGAGGUGUCCUCACUGAGGGGGAGAGGGCUGGGCACAGACACUUCUCUCCACGACGGAGAGUUUUCUUGCUGGAAGAUUUUAAAUUUGGUGCAAACAGUUACCCGGGCUGCUUUGAGCCCGCAACCGUGGCCGAUGGCUUUAAAACCACACUUGUCACCUCUCGAGCUUCUGAGGUCUCAGUCAUUGUCUUUUAAACGCUUAUGGUUUGUGACUUGCUGGGGUUUUGUAAAUAUCAGUUGAAAGCAAAGGAUGCUUUUCACUUAAGGGCUUUAGACCGCUGCAGUCAUAAGCAAACUGCGCCUUUGCGGGCAGUUUCCUCCAGGAUGUGGGCCCAGCACUUCUAGAAGAUUCUUCAAAGGGUCAGUGGCCGCCAAAGGAUGGAGAGACACUGCUCCUGUUGUGUCAUCUUUAGAUUUCUAGUUAUCUGUGUGUGCACGGGAGUCAUUCCGGAUACGUUUUCCCUUUCGUUACUAAUGUUCUGAGAUGCAUAAGAGGAAAUACACACGUGCACGCGCAUGCACAUGUCCAUGGCGCGGCCCCACUGUGCGUGGCAGGGGCAGGAGGGCCUGCGGGGGCAGCUCACCCUGCUCCGGGCGGCCUUCAGCUCUGCAUCAGGCCUCGGCCGGAGCGGGCCGGUGGGGCCUACCUACAGGUCCUUCCUCCUGCAGGAGCGGUGGGCGCCGUCCUCUCUGUUCACCUAAACGCUCCACAGGCAGAUAGAUGUCACUCCGUUCUCGUCAGGAGCGAGCGGGCAAGCUGUGCCCAAAACUAGCAGAGAGUUGGGCCCCUAAGCAGCGCAGGCGCCGAUUCCGCUGUGGCCCCGGGCUGUAACAGAGGCUAGAGAGGGGAGGAGGAAGAGCCACCUCCUGGCCUGGGCUGGCUCCUCUCUCAAGGUUGAAGCCUGGUGCCCUGGGCAUCAUUCAUUCAUUCCACAGCAUUCACGGAGGACCAGCUCUGUGCCAGGCAGCAGGCUGGGCCCCGGAGCACAGGGAGGCAUGUGACACAGUCCCCCUCCACACCCCGCCCCCGGACUGUCAGGCUUGUAGGGGGGUAGACUCGGACCUGCUGCCUCUAGGGGCUGCUUGUCCUCCACUCACGGAAGGUGCCCGGCUAGAAUUCCAUCGGAGCCCAGGUAAAGAAAACAUUCCAAGCUUAAGCCAGACAGGGGCCAUCAGGGGUCGAUUAAAACAACAAGGCAAAGGUCCUGUUUCUUCUGUGCCCUGAGCUUGAAGUGAAAGGCCAACAUGGCAAGGCGGGUACAGUGGGAAGAUAGAAAGUUCCUGAGGGCCCUGCUGAACUCUGAGCCAGCCCAGGACCACCUACUCCAAGUUCACCUUGCACGAGACAAAUAAACCUAACAUCUCUGGA